GCAAAUCAGUGCGGCUUGCGAGCUCAGCGGUGUGCAACAUAUGUUGUCCAGCGGUCGCUGAUCGGUUUCAGUUUCUUGGUGGAUAUCCAAAUCCGUAUAUCCGCGCAAAAUAGCAAUCGAAAAACGUUUUUCACAAUUGCCGGCGGACCACGCCGGACCACGUGCGGCAGUAACGAUUUCUGCUCCAUUGUCCACGAAAUCUAAGCGUCCUCGUAAAUCCAAAUCGUCGGAGACGGAUCCCUGGCUACGUGGACUCGUAAAAGCCGGCUCGAAAGUGACCCUCUCCCAACGGCAAAACAUAUAUCCAUGGGAUGUACUGCUUACAUUGUUGGCAGCUGCUUUUGUCUGCAAAUGCCAAAGAAAUGAGUAGAAAUAAACGGAAAUGCCAGAAAGAAGCAAAUUUAUUGCCAGCAACGGACUUUGCGAAAAUGUCAAUUUCGUUUUUAUGGCAUCAAACGUUUAAGGAGCUUAUGCGAAUGUCUGUCACAAAGUGGAUUCCAAACUUACCCCGCUCGGUAAUGCCAUUUUGGGCGUAGAUUGGCCGCUUAGAUACUUUGUUUGGCAUUGAGUUUUGGUAGCUGAAUAGUUGAUUUCCUUUUGGGCAUUUCUUAAUCGCUUUACACAGCGGCCCCAAUCUCUGUCGAACACUUUCCUAGAAACGUAAGUGCUGCAGACUUUGCAGCCAAGCCCAUUAAGUGGCAGAGUUCGUCUUUGUUGCACUCCCCGCGGCUGGGCAUUUAAAGUAUAUCUUUUAAUGGCGGAUCAAUGAGAUUUAUAUAAUGAGCCCCGCUUUGUACGCAGCUUUGGGCGGACUCCAUAAAAGGCCGCGCUUAAUGCGACUCCGCCAUUUUACUUCAUCUCCGUACCGAAAUGCACAUUCACAGUCACAGCCAAAACGAAACGAAUCGAAACGAAAGGCACAGAAAUGAAAAGAAAUCUGAUAUCAUUCGGCGUCCGUAAAGAAAAAUAAAGAGGGAACCCUCGGUUUUUUUAUGGCCAAGGGGUCGUUGAGAUUGUGAAGCAGAAUUUACCAUUUUGGAUGCAGUGUUUGCUGUGCGUACUCCGCCACUCUCUCCUUGCUUCACCGCAAUCCAAUCGAAUCGAACCCAAUCUCAAUUCCAAUUCCAAUCCCAUCUCCGUAGCAGACCGAGAAAACGAGAGGCUGGGCCUUUGUGGUCGUACUUUUUAACAAGUUUUAUGGGAUGUCAUGUGUCAAAUGGAAAUGAGAAUUUAUGUGUUUGUAAUUGAAGGCGAGGCUCGGGCAGUCCAGCAACCUUCCAUCCCGCCAUCCAGAGUCCACGGUCUGGUCUCCCUUUUUCCAGAUCUCCCUGAGACAACCGACAAAUGAGCCACCAUUUUGCCAGACCCCAGACCCCAGACCCCAAACCUCGAAACACGACUCCUCGGCGAACGUCAUGCUGGUGCUGUUGUUGGGUUCCUCCUCGGAUUUACAUAAAUUAUAGCCCCUUUGUUCAACCGUGAGUAUCUUGACUUAUCAUCAGCAAACCCAUCCGGACCCAGCAGAUCUGAAAGUCGAUGCAGGAUGAGAUUGUGCUGGAGGAUGAGGCAUCCGGAGUUUGUUCCAUCAUUUUCACAGCAGGCCACAAUCUGUAGGAUAUGGCUUUCUAAAAUAGAAAAGCCGAGCCUAGACUUGUCCACUGGCAAUUAAAUUGCUUUUAUUUUAGAGCAUUUGCUUUUAUAAUUUCGAGAAAAAGGUGUCAGAAAUAUCAUAUUAAUCAUUAAGCUAAAGAACUUGUUGGGUAUAUGAGUCAGUAGGUGUAUUCAUUGGGCCAUAACAAAUGUCAAAUCAGAGCAUUCACUUUCCUGACGAACAAACACUAGGGUCGGCGUCAUAAAAUGACCAAAAAAGUGUAUGAACUUGUUUUAUGACCUAACAGUUCAUGAUAAUAAAUGUAUGUGAAUAGUCAUUUGUUUAUUUGCAUAACGAGCCCGCUUCACUUACUAGGUUCCCCCAUUCUUUUCGGAUUUUGUUAUGUAAAUUAAGGUUCUCAGCAGUGCCGACGGCUCACGCAAUUCGGAUUCUCAUAACACAUUGAUGUUGCAUUGAUUCGGGACUCGAUGUCGUUUUUAUGAAAUCAGCCAUCAAAUUAAGUUUAUGUCUCAAUUAGCUUGGAUCGUCAAUAAUAUUUCGUUUCGCGAAUGGGCCACAACAACAGUUUGGUUACAAUCUAAGCGGACUCCAUAAAAGUACCAGCCCUAAGACCUACAACAGUUUUAACUACUGCAGUGAGUAAAUAAUAACGAAGGGGCGGCAUAGCAGACAGCGCUCAUUUUCAAGGGAAUGGGCGAGAUGGGGCUUCCUAGUGACCGUUCGAUUGUAAAAAACGGUUAUAGCCAAUUAAACAAAAUACUAAAACUAAGCACUGCUUCCAGAACGGCCGUCGGUGGAAUAGUGUUCGCCUGCUCAUCUUCGAUGCGGUGCCACGGGGCGUAUGAGUGAUAUUCGAAGUGCUGCUGGAAGGGGUUAAAAGGAUAUCGGUCUUAAACCCUUUGCUUUGCACGGUUUCACUUCCGCUCGAUUAACUGUGACAUUUUCCAAGCGUCUUUGUUGCCUCUUCCGCCAUCGCCAUCCAAGCCCAUCUCAAUUUUAAUGCUGAUGAGCCGAUGAAGUUGUGCAUCACUUUUAUGGGCAAGGCAAAAAAAAAAAAACGUUGACGGAAAUUACAUUUUUCGGCAACAUUAAAAUGGCUCUCGGGCAGCUGAUGUCAAAUGCAUUGCCAUGGGUUUUUAGAACAGCUCUUUGAUACACAGGCAAGAACCCCACCAAGAUGGAGAAAAACAAAUUAUAAUAAAACCAUCUAGAUUUAAUAGCGCGCUUAAAAAAUCAAAAACGUAAUUUGCAUAACAGAUUUAAUGGUUUGAAGCUGGGAGGAGAGAGUAUGCUGAGUCUCGAAGUGUGAAGUGAAAUAAAAAAUGUUGAAAUAUGUUCAAGUUCUGCAGAUGAGAUAGAUACCGGGAAAUAUUAAUGUUCUUUAUUCGGCCAAAGCAAAGCGAAUGCGUUCUGUCAAUUUAAAUUGUGAAAUAAUAUUUUUAAAUAGAUUACCUGCAGAACAACAUUUUUGUUUCCAAGAAGCAUGCUCCAGUUGACCCAACUCAGCCGUAUCUUUCUGGGAAUUCUAAUUUUCAAUGCCAGCGAGCUUGGGAUUUUACCAACGACGGUUGCGAUGCGCUUCAAUUGAAGCAUUUACUUGGUCUGCUGGCUUUUGUUCGCCGCACAGAAGGUCAAGUUUUCAUUAGUCAAAUUGCAGAUUAGCUUGCAGGCGAGGACCAAGCCCACGUCCAAGCCCGAGUCCAGGAUCCCAAGUGUACAAGUUCGCACUCGGAAAUGAAUGCGACUGGCAGGCAAGGAGAAUGAGUGCCAAGCCCUGUGGCCAGCAACUGCGGAGGCCAUAAAUUGCGCCUGUCACUGUCUUAAUGUCCCACAACUCCACAAUCAGCAGCGCCCAAUGCCCGGGUCCGAAUUCGAGAGUCCUGGGCUAAGUCCACUGGUCACACCCAUUCCCUUGUCCUUCUGGGUGUCCUGCGGCCGGGAGCGAAACUAAAGGAAAAACAACGAUAAUUUAUAAGUCGUAAAUGUUUGCCCGCCUCCCUUGAAAUGCGAAAAUGCCGAAAUGGUGCACAAUUUCCUAAAUGUAUCGCCCAGUCCGAUUAGCAGCCGUCUUUUGUCAGCAAGGACAUGAUACAGUAGCCAAAGGACGGCUACAGAACCCCAGAACCACCACAUUGACUCAGACGAAAAGCAAACCAUCGGAAAAUGUCCGCUCAAGAUGGCUGACUGCCUUUGGGGGAGUUUUCUUCGCUCGGGAGGAAAAAUAUCAAAUUAUGUAUUAGCAAGAAGGCGGACGGAGGCCAUUUGGGCAGAUUGCUAAAUAUUUUCAGGCUCACUGAAUCGAAUCGAAAAUUAUUGGCUCGUAAUUUGGAUACCAUCAAACCAAAAAGAAUUAUGGAAAUUGUUUUCAAACUGUUUUGUCAAAAUCUCAAAAGGGACACGUAGCCCUCUCUUUCUCCUCAUCUUUUAUGACGUAAAACAAAUUCUUAUUAAACCAAAAUAGAUUGCAUUUGAAUUUGGAAUUAUUUGAAAAGACUGUAAUUUCAAGUGAAAAAUGAAACAAGUUUGGCGUUCUGAUUAAAUGAUGUUUCGACUGAAAUAUAUAUAUAUUUUUUUUAGAUUUCAGUUCUAGGAAUUUGUUUUUUAUUAAACUGUUUUCAAUGAUUCUAUAUAACGUUUCAUAAUUCCUUUCAUAAUUAAUACGAUCAACGAAACUACUUUUCUCAUUGCUAACAGCCUAACAAUGAUAAGUUAAAUUGAAAUACGUAAAGUUACAUUAUUUCGUUAUGAAAGAUAGCUCAAAAACUCAAGUGAUUUACGAUUUACUAUUUUAUUUACAAAAUCUCGUCCAUCCCCGGAUUAGUUGAGAUUUUUAGUGGCCGUCGUGGCUUAAUUUACCUUUGCGUUCGGUUAUUGCUCCUGAGGCUGAGCUUUAGUACCUGGAAAGGUGUUCGGUUUUAUCGAUUGGAUGUGUGUGUCAGGUGUUGUUACCCACAUCGGGGUGUCUUCUGCAAUUUUUCCCCAUUUCUAUUCCCCACGAAAGGCCGCCACGUCGACCGAAUUCGAAUUUUCAAUUUUCUACGCCUAUACCCGAUGGGGCUAGGGGGCCAGGGGGGUGCAGGGGUCCUGGGGUCCUGGGGGUCAGGAGGAAACCACGAGAGCGAGAGAGAAAGAGCGUACGAGCCGAAAAGCAAGAGAUUUCCACUCGCAGAGCGGCGCAAAGUGGUGAUUUCGUAUUCGCCUCACUCUCGCACACACGUGCCCCAUACCGCACACACACAGCCAGCCAGCACACACACCAGCAGGCCAGAGUAUCUGUGUGCGUGUGUGUGUAUACCUCUUAAAGGCUGUUGUUCUGGUUUUGGCGCUUGGCGUUUUUUUACGGUGCGCCGCCCGAGUAUUUACCACUUUACAAUGGCGUUUUAGUACCGCGAGUCGUCAUUGUCGUCGUCAUCAUCGCCGCAUAAAGUCGAAAUUAAAACCGCGGAGUGUCAGCCAUAAAGCACUAGUACCGCCGACUUAAUCCCAGUCCCGAUUCGGAUUAAUCUGCCUCAAUCGCCGCACAAUCAAUGCCCGCAAUUAAUACCAUUCGCGGUCAAGUAUCAAAUCAAAACUGAAAUUAUUGAACAGAUUAUUCGAUUAAUUCAGUGAAAAAGUUCGGAUGCUAAUAUAAAUUUGACGAGUUGAGUGGAAAGAUCAGACUUGCAGGUCACGUAUUAGUAAAGUGAAAAAUAUGAAGAAACUUCGCUGGAUCAUAAAAAAUCAAAAAUAAAAAUCACUGGAGUCAAAAACGGAAACACUAAAAUUAAAAUACUAUCUUGUUCCUUAAACUUGAAUUAAUCAGCGAUUUUGACCAAAAGCACUACCCAAAUAACUGUAUCAAUAAAAAGCUGAACGCGUCACUGGAAGUGAGCAAACCGGUGGAGUAGAUCCAUCCCCAUUCAGCAGCGGUGCAGACCCACCAAGCACCACCCCAGCAACAAAUCUCAGCGGUGGCGUCCGGCCAAAACCACCUCGUUGCGCCGACAGCGGCGAGCAUUUCUCCCUCCAGCGUCAGUUCCCAUCCCACAGACAUCAAUAUGUCCAUACAAUUAGCGCCACUGCAUAUACCCGCCAUCCGGGCCGGUCCGGGAUUCGAGACGGACACCUCGGCGGCGGUCAAGCGGCACACGGCACACUGGGCCUACAACGACGAGGGAUUCAAUCAGCAUUACGGCUCCGGGUACUACGACCGCAAGCACAUGUUCGCCUAUCCUUACCCAGAAACGCAGUUUCCGGUUGGUCAGUACUGGGGCCCCAACUACCGCCCCGAUCAGACCACCUCUGCCGCAGCGGCGGCGGCCUACAUGAACGAAGCGGAGCGCCACGUGAGCGCCGCCGCCCGACAGUCCGUCGAGGGCACAUCGACGUCCAGCUAUGAGCCGCCCACCUACUCCUCGCCAGGCGGCCUGCGCGGCUAUCCCAGCGAGAACUACUCCAGCUCAGGAGCCUCUGGUGGAUUAUCCGUGGGAGCAGUGGGUCCUUGCACGCCCAAUCCCGGACUGCACGAGUGGACCGGUCAGGUGUCCGUCCGGAAAAAGCGCAAGCCGUACUCGAAGUUCCAGACCCUGGAGCUGGAGAAGGAGUUUCUUUUCAAUGCGUAUGUUUCCAAGCAAAAGCGCUGGGAAUUGGCCAGAAAUUUGCAGCUGACCGAGCGACAGGUCAAGAUAUGGUUCCAGAAUCGGCGCAUGAAGAACAAGAAGAACUCACAGCGCCAGGCCAAUCAGCAGAACAACAACAACAAUUCGAGCAGCAACCACAACCACGCGCAGGCGACCCAGCAGCACCACAGCGGCCACCACCUGAACCUUAGCCUGAACAUGGGUCACCAUGCCGCCAAGAUGCACCAGUGACCCUUGGACAACAGCAGCGCUGGCGCCAUGGGCUUUGCCACCUACUAGCAGUUAGCCAAUCCGAGUUCGGGUAACCCCAGCUCGAAUCCCAACCCCAUGUCCGAUCCGAAUCACCAUCAUCUAAUCAAGAACGAGCUGGCCAUGGACUUUCCAUGCUAGUCCAGCGAUUGGAAGGGCGAUUCCAGCCAGGCCGAGUUCAGUCGGUUAAAUGUACAAAAACCAGAGAUCUCUAGCAUGCGGGAUAGGAAUAUGUGACCACAAUGAGGAGCAAGGAUGUGGAUGAGCAACUGCCCAGAAGUGCGCAGGCGUCGCUGAUGUGUGACCAACCGACGUUGAUGCAAAUGCAGUUUAUUAUUAAGUCAGUUCUACGGAUCCCAGAGAUCCAAGCCCCAACACGAUAAUGCAGCUUAGUUCGGUAGUUGAAUAUAGAUACGAGUAAGAUGAAGAGUAAGCAGCAGCAGUAGCAGAUGCACUUGAAAUUCGCAACUGUACGAAAAUAUAUGUAUGUACGUAUUUCUCUCAACGCUCUCAUUAGCCUAGGCGAGCACUAUGAAUUUUCCGAACUAUAAAUUAUGAAUAUGAAUAUACUUAAACGUCAGUGAAUAUAACCCCGCAUAAAUUAUGAAUACACGCGUUCGAGUAGUAGAUUUUACCAUACCUAUCCAAUUAAGAGCGGCCACAAGGCGGCUGAGUUAGGCUGAGCAGCAGAACACAUUUUAGACCCAGAUAAAUGUUCUUGAAACACAAAUUGAAAUUGUUUAACAAUUUUCGGACCCCUCACAGCUCCGCAAACAAGAAGACACACUCCGCAGUCUAGGAUAAAUUUUGUCGUAUAAUGUUCGUCGUGUCGUGUCCUUUGAUACCUUCUAAGUUCCUGUAUAUAAACUAAGACAUUGCGCUGAUUUCCGGCCGAAGCGAGCACUCGAUAACUAAAUUACAUCAGAUAUAUGUAUAUGUAUAUUGCGUACACGCAGAGAUAUUCAAUAUUUGUAUAAUAUGAACUCGGAUUCGAUUUUAGCAAAUGGUUAAUUGUAAGUUGCAAAAAUUUCAAUGAGUGUGUGCAUGUUUACCCCAUAGUUGAAGUCGCUUUCGAAUUAAAUUAACUCUUAAACCAAGGAAAACACUUAACAAAACUACUCGUAAAGCUAAAGCAACAAAAACUUAAAAGAUACACACUUAACAGAAGUAAGCGAGUGUGAAAACGAUGGAGGGGAGAUGUCGGGGAGGAGUAAUUAGCAUACCGUAACAGCUACUUAUAUAACAUACACAUAGUACAUAUAGUAAUCGUACAUAUGCAUACAUAUAUUUUCAUGUGUAUCGACGCCGCUUGAUCCUGAUAUUAAGUCUAAGUUUAGUUGUGUUGUGUAAUUAUCGAUUUUGUUAAUGUUUUGCCCCGAGCAUUAUAUUAUAUUAUGCUAACCUAUACCUAUACCUACACCUACACCUAUGCCUAUCAUUAUAUGUGUAUAAUUAGCCUAUACAUACUUGAUGAAGAAAUGAUUUCACCCACUGCUUUAUUCAUGUUCUUGUAUUAUUAUUAUUUCGAGCCCUCGAUAAGUUGUAGUCUAAAGUCGGUUAUGUUUAUGAUUAUGUUCGAUUAUAGUUUGUUUAGUGAAUUUUAAUCUAGCGUUAGCAAUUCUCUUUUUUAAAAAGUUAAUUAUUGUGAAUAAAAUACAACAAGUUGCAGAAGUGCAAAAAUAUACACACAAUUCAAAAUAUCCC